UGAUCGGUGAAACGAUAUUAUUAACGAAACAGGAGAAGGGGCAUGAUACUCGAGGGAAAAAAUGAUGCUUUUAACGCGAGUCUGUUAGAAGACUGUUUCGUGCAUCGUUGAUUCGUUGAUGGUCAGUGGUGGAACGAAAGAAAGAAAAAGACAAGGAGAAGGGAGAAGAAAGGAGCGAGGGUAUAAGAAAAGGAAAAAUCAGUAGACCUUGGCGGCGAAUCUCUCGGCGUUAAACCGUUCUCUCGAGCGGGUCUGGACGGAUCCCGCGUUGUUCGCGUGUAUUCCAAGUGGGCGGAUGCCGCUGUCCAUACCAAGGACACGUAUCCUCGGGCGCGAGACCGCAGAACAAUGAGGAUUUCAACGUGGAGGCUCGCGAGGAUGCCGUGUCGGGAAUGCAGAGUCCAUAGCGUCUCGUGUCGGUCGUGUCUUCCCUCGUCGUCGGCGUCGUCGUUCCCGUCAACGAGACGCGUCAACCAAACCUAGCUUGGUCUUCGUUCCACGACGACGAAGAAGGACGAGGCGACCACGAGGACGCUGUCUCGUGUGUACUCGUGUUGUGUGUGCGUGUAUGCCCCGUGUGUUGCAGCGGCGUGGGAAUAAAUCGACCACCUAAGCCAGGGUGACACGAGCGUAGAGGUACGAAGAAAGGAAGAAAGGAAAAGAGAAAGAGAGCGAGAGAGAGAGAAAGAGAGAGAUAGAAAACGAAGACGAAAGGAGUCGCGGGAGGACGAAGCACGAUAAAAGAGAGGCUAACGAGGCGAACAGGAUGAGUCACUUCGACUGGAAGCUGCUGCGCCGGAAGAAGGUAAUACCGGCGGAGCGUCGUAUGCCAGAGCGAGAAGAGACCUGGACGCUGGCCCCGGACCAACACGACCCAUGUUCCUUCUUCGACGACAUCUCCGAUGUCAAAUCCAAACCAGUCCACGAUGUGGAUCCCACGCAAUCUCGGAUUGUCGGAGAUACGGGUGAAACCGGCGAGCAUCCAGAAGGUGGGACCUUACCACGCAGCCAAGAAACCAGGAAGAGCAAAACGAAAAAAGUGAAAAGUUACCUGAGGAAGUGUAAGGGCGCCCUUUCCAAAGGUGACGAAGCUUCCUCGGACAAGAAACGUCACGAACACUGUACCUCGUGGUACCUGGACGAGUCUCACCAAGAGGAUCUCGACGUUCUCUUACAGAAACAGUCAGAAUAUCUGGACGAUAGGAUCGUGGAAGCGCAAGAAGCUUCGAAUCUGAUACCAGACGAGACCUUGGAAGACACUCCAUUACCAAUUGAUACAUUACCAAUAACCGAUCCUCUGACAAAUCUCACGAAAGAGGACGAUCGCGACGACCCUAACGACGAAGCUCUGACAAGACUAACCGAGGAUGAACCUAACGAAACGAGUGACUUGAGAAGAAGCCGGACGUCCGUGUACGAGGAUGCUAGAGAUUGCAUAAACGAUCGAGAGUGUACGGUAGAAGAAUCCUGCGUAUCCGAUAAACCCGAGAGAAACGAUGCAGUGUCUCUGGAAACUCUGACCACGGAAGAUACGAAUUUGAAUAAGUGCGACUCGAACGACACUCUGAUAGCGGAAGUGGCGGCCAGUGGACCGGACAGCCCGUCACUGGUCGACGUUGAGGAGGGAAAGGAGGAAGAAACGCGCGACCAGGAGGUGGACGGUGAAACACCGAACGCUCUGUCUCUGCUCGGGGGUCGCGGAGAUGUCGCAUCGCUGGUCCGGAACUUGCUCGGACCGAUUUACGGCGAUGGCGUUAUCAAUCUGCUGAUAAGACAGGCCCGGGACAUCCUGGUGUGCGCUUAUCACGGCAACUUGGAGAACUUCCUCAGGACUUAUCUGUCACCAGCUGCGUCCCUUCUGGCGGAAGUGAAGUCUGUCGCCUCCGAAACGGGAAACGAGUCGGUGGUACCGGAAGGCUGGCCUCUGACGCUGGGCAGACGUGGCCUCGUCCUGCAGCUAGGAGAGCUCGAAGCCUCCGCACUACGUCUCGGGGAAUGUUACCUCUGCAUACGCAGCGCAGCUGCAGUUGCAACCACCUCGGGGAGCGGCGAAGUUGCCGCUGGUGAAACCGACGAGCGAAAUACCGUCGAGAUCGCAGUAGUUUGGCGAACGACGUCGAUGAGGGCUCCAGGGUUCCUCGGUUGGGACCGUGAGGAGAAGUUCAUGGACUGGCGGGAGGUGUCUCGAAAGGGGCAGGGGAGCACCGGUGCGGCGAGCAGCAGCCUGGCUGGGCCGCAAUCGUCGAGUACCGUGAAGAGCAUGCGGCCCAGGCGACGUUCGCGCGAGGAAGUUCGCUCGAGGACGCGCGAGCAGGGUUACGCGUUCGAGCAUCGCCGCGAGGAGACUCGAUCGAUAGAUCGGCUCGAGUGCAAAAGUUCGAACGAUAAUCGCGACGUCGACUCCGAGGUGGACAGCGGUCACGCGGUCAUGAAGUCCAGGUCGACGUCGAGCGUGGGCACAUGGAAGGCGGAGCUGGAGGCCGCUGAAUCGAACGGGAUGUCGACGCGGGCCAGCUUGAACCACUCGUCUAGUCUUUCCAGCGACGAGAGUCGCGCUAAAGUGAAGAGAUGCGCCAAGGUCGUCUCGUCGAUGACCAUGGAGAAGUGGAAGGAGACCGCCAGGUGCGAGACCAGGAGCAAAGCGCUGGCUCCCGAUCACUUGAAGACCCCCCUGCGACUGGACCAGGCUGUCCUCGAGCAGAAGCAAGAUGGAAAUAUCGCUGGAGACGUGGAAAACAGGCUGCAGAAUCACCGAAACGUGGAUGACGUUGGUGACGACGAGUUGCCCACGUUUAUUGGAAAUCUUCUGGUCUCCGUAGAGAGGAAGAUUGAAAGGGUUUCGCUGGAUGAUUUAACGUUCCCAUGCCCAGCGUGCAGGAAUAUAGACACGGAUGAUCCUUUACUGGGGUGUAGGUGCGCUGGAGAUGAUUGCAGCUGUGGAAACGGAGAUGAUACUUGCGAUUGUUCGUCAUUGAUAAAGAGGAAGGAACAGUCGACGAGGAGCUUCGAGAUCGCCGGGAUUAAACAUAUCGACAGCGACGACGAGGAAGAAGUUCGGAUGGGAUUCGGAACGAAAAAGAGAGUGGACGACGUGGUAGCGCCCAGGACCAUUCACGACAUACCCGAACACGUUCUCACGUGCGGCCUCACGCUUCCUGGUUGCACGGAUGCCUACGGCAGACCCGUUCUCGAGUUCGAGGACGAGCCGACCAGAAGGGAGACUUUGUCUGUUAAGGAAGUGUCGUCGUUUCUACUCUACCUCGCCCGUUUACCCAGCUCUGAUGUCGCGAAGAACGGAUUCACCCUUCUGGUACGUGGAUACGUCCCGGAGUGCUUGGAAUUUCUCGACAAGGUUCUCACUCUUUUGCAGGGACGAGUAAAUGUUUCUCAAGCAUUGCUUCUGCAGAACUUUGUCGCUGAAGAGUCAACCGAUUCCCAGUUACCUCUGAGUCGCGUUAAGACGAUCGUCGUGGACGAGGGCGCUUUGAGAGAGCAGAUUCCCAGGCGAGAGCUGAACCACGACCAGGCUCAGUGGAUCGCGUUUUAUAAGGAAUACGAUGGACUAAUGACGGAAUGGCAGGCGGCAGGACGCAGGCUGGCCCUCGAGAUGUCGGAGUUGAAGGAAUGCAGCAGUCUAUCUGGCACGUUGACGCCUCUCGGUCGGCUCCUGACGGACCCCACAUUGAGAAGAACGUCGAGAGAUGCCGAGGAGGCGAUCACCUCGCUGGAGGAACGCGCGGCACCGCUUUUGCACCUUGAGCACGUUAGAUUGUCGGUAAAACGCGCACGGAGAUUAGUGGAGGAAGUGGGAAACGCAGCAACCAGGCUGGAAUCGUCGUUCGAGACCCGACGCGCCACUAUUCGGAAUCUCGCGGUUCUCAGGAGCAUCGAAGAUCAGGCGCAUGAGGUAUUGUCCUGGUUCUGCAAGAAAGGCGACGACGUGCUAUCAAAACACGCGCAACAUUCCGCGACGAACCUAUCAGCGGCGCGACUUCACGAGAGAGAAUUCGAGAAGUUCUACUUCACGUCGAUGAGACAUCUUGACAAAGGAAGCGACCUUGCCGAGGCGGCGAGUGCGAGCGGACUUCGCGAACUCGCGAGAUCCUUGAAGCAUCACCUUCGAGGAUUCGGUUCCCGUCUGGAGGACAGGCGCGAAUACCUCGAAGACACGUCGAGAUGUUGCCUGCUUCAAGAUCGGGCGUACGAGUGGGCCCAGGAGGCUCGUCUCGCUGGCGAACGGGGGGCCCAGCAGUUUCUGAUGGCCAGACCACCCCUGCCUCCCGAGCAUUUCACGGAAAUGAUGGCGCUCGCCGAGAAGCUCGGUAACGAGAUCCUCUUGGAACAAUGCCGCAUCGCCAGGAACAAGUGCGCGGAAGCGCUGGAAAUGGCGAGAACGACUUCCGCACCCGGCAGUCCGGCCAGGAGGAGAUCCUUCGCCGCCUCGGAGUCUGCUACCUCCUGGGAGGACAGUUUGACGAAGAGAACUUCGUGGGAUGACAGCGACAGCAGCGCAUCGUACGCUUGUCCCAUGGAGAGCGUCGGAUCGGCAGGAAGCGGCGGUCGACCGGUACUGGACAACAUCGCGGAGCUUCGAGAGAGCGCCGAACAGCUACUCGAUUGCUCUCCUCCGCGAACGCCACCCCGAAGCCCUGCUCCACGAAGGCUGGUCAAGCCACCGGUGAACUCACACCUUCACAGAGCUGCCAGCAUUGCUCCUGGAAUGAAGGCCAAAAAGACAAUACUUCUCAUAAUGAGGGAAAUGAUACAGACCGAGCGGGACUACGUAAAGUCUCUCGAGUAUAUAAUAGAGAAUUAUAUUCCGGAGCUGGUGAGGGAGGACAUUCCUCAGGCGCUCAGGGGACAACGCAACGUGAUCUUCGGUAACGUCGAGAAGAUAUACGAGUUUCAUAGUCAGCAUUUCCUACGGGAACUGGAACAGUGCGAACAGUCACCAAUGAACGUGGGACAAUGCUUCCUCAGACACGAGAAAAAAUUCUACCUUUAUGCACUGUACAACAAGAACAAACCAAAUUCCGACUCCCUGAUGGCCGAGUACGGCACCGCGUUCUUCAAGCAGAAGCAACUCGAGCUUGGUGACAAGAUGGACCUUGCUAGUUACCUACUGAAGCCGGUUCAACGAAUGGGAAAGUACGCGCUACUGCUACAGCAGCUGGUCAAAGCGGGCACCGAUCUCUCGGAACAAAUGUCCGGUAAAGACGAGAAGGAUGAGAAGGACGACGGUAUGAAACCGAUGGUCGAAGGGGAGGCGGACUUGAGGGCGGCUGAGCAGAUGGUACGAUUCCAACUACGUCACGGGAACGACCUGCUGGCGAUGGAUUCCCUUCGAGAUUGCGAUGUGAACGUGAAGGAACAGGGCAGACUACUUCGUCAAAACGAGUUCUUGGUAUGGCAGGGUAAAGGCAAGAAAUGCUUGCGACAAGUUUUCCUGUUCGAAGACCUUAUUCUCUUCAGCAAAGCGAGAAGAUUCCCCGACAGAAAGAACCUCGAUAUUUACAUCUAUAAGCACAGCAUCAAAACGACGGACAUCGGGUUGACCGCCGUGAUCGCGGACUCACCAACGAAGUUCGAGAUUUGGUUCCGCAAGAGGAAACCAGGCGACACGUACACGUUGCAGUGUGCAAGCGAGGACAUUAAGAAAGCCUGGACGGAGGAACUGAGCAACCUUUUAUGGAAACAGGCGCUGCGAAACAGAGAAGUGCGCCUGGCAGAGAUGUCGAGCAUGGGCAUCGGAAAUAAACCUUGUUUGGACAUUAGGCCUAGCGCGGAUCAGAUCAAUGAUCGUUCUAUCAGUGUAGCUCAACUCUCGAAAACAGCACCUAGAUUUAGAAACUCGAUAGCGGUAUCAAUGUCAGAGGACUCGGGACGCUGCAGCAGGAGGCCGCACAGUGUAAUUUCCGUAAGUUCGUCAUCGAGUAGCGGCGGAAGUAGCGGCCCUCCGACGACGUUGAAUCUCGGUUUGGAUACAAGUCCUCGACCUCAUCAUCGUAGUACUACGCUCAACAGUCAGUGCAGUGUUGAAAGCGGCAUAAUAGCCGAUAUUUCAAUCGUUUCGGAUGAUGGCGGCGAUGGAACUGAGAGAAGUCACUGGAACUCGACUCUGGAAAGUCCCACGUCCCAUCUACCAACGACGUCGACGCCUCUCCAAUCACCGACCAGCGCAACCGCGACAGCAACAGUUACCUCGGCUUCUUCGUCCGAUACAAAUCUCGCCCCUUACGACCAAGACAUGUCCAUUAAUUUAUAAGUGUCACCCCUGAAAAGGGCGGCACGGCUCUGAUAUAAAAGAGUAUAUAUUAUAUACAUACGUGUUGUCGAUUCACUUGCAAGUUGUCUUAUAGUGAAUGCAGUGUGACUCACUCGAAUUGCAUAAAAUUUUUCAUUGGAAAGUGGCGACGAUCACGUGCGUGUAACUGAAUAGAGAGUACUAGAGCGCGUAUUUUUCUUGGGCAAUCGUAGUUCGAUGAAUGACCACGAGCUAUAAGAUGGCAUGUAACAACGCCGUAAACACAGUCCAAUAGAUCGCUGCAUUACGCUUAUCACGUGAGUUCCGUCACGAGCGUCUGUUGCAAAACGUUUAAUGUGAAUCCUGUUUUAUGUGACAGAGUUCGCAAAGAGGCACACAUACACAUACACAGACACACCCUAAACACCCAUAAUAUACCUUGUGUCCCAGAGAGCUCAACUUUCAAGUGAAUUUAUCUUUUGAUACGCUUCGAAUUUCAUUGAUCUAGGCGAUCGCAUAUAUAGUUGUCACGUCUGAAUUUUAUAAACCAUUGAUUUUUCAGAAGUAACGGCGACGUGUAUUUUCUUAUACUAUCUCCUCGAAUCCACCAACGUGCUCAAGAGAACGAUCAUAGAUACAGAUGUGUUCCGACAGAAUCUAUAUGUGUAUGGCUGCAUGCUUCACGAUGUGCUGCAGUGUCGUAAACAGCAUACACCGGUUGCCAUUAACUCUCAUUAACAUUGGCAUUCCUGAUCAAUCAGCGACUGAGAAUAUUAUCUUGGAUUUACCGACCAUUCGUUUAUGGUACUUUUAUACUUUAUUUAUAUGCGUAGUGAAUAAAUAUCGAUAUUCCAUGUCCACAUUGUGUUCGCGCUUAUUACGAAAUGAGGACGUUAUCGUUAAAUAACGUCACAGUUCGAGAAUACGCAAAUUAUCUUUUCCUUUCUUUUUUUUUUGUUUUUUUUUUUUUUAAUGAAACACCUGAAGACUAGUUCUCGUUUCGUCUUCUCUUCAGGUAUUCCAUUAGUUGCCAAGAUCAUUGUUCGUUUCCUUGUCGAAUGCGCUUCUAACCAUAAAUGAACGCAUCCCUUCAGGAAUGUCAAAACAAUGCGCACACAUACAUACCACUUUGUAAUAUAAUGUAAUAUUAAAGGUUUAUACGACAUAGCCGCAAGUAAUAUAACCGAUAGUCUAAAUAUUAUUUCCAGAUUAUAUAUUAAAUAUAUAUAAUAUUAUAUUCUU